ACUUUCGUGUUCUAUGUAUACACGGAUGCCCUUCCUACCCAUUAUUUAAUAUUUCCCUUGUAGAUCUGUCUUGGUUUUGAAUUGGCUUACACCAAAUUCCUUCACAGAACCAGUUGCAUGCAUGUGGCUGACAGGAAGCCACUAUCCUGUCAGUUGGACGGCUAUGGAUCCCCCGCUUCCCCGCACCUCGGGCUCUUCAGUUCCAUUGGGGGAAUCAAGUUCAGCCAAAACAGAUGGGCCGAGGGAGGCUGACAGUAAACGCUCUCCUGCGGAAAAUGAAGGUGUGACAUUACAGGACAUCAUGAACUUUUCUGAUAUUUACCGCUCCAAUGAAGAAUAUUUCAGGAAACUCAAAGAGCUGAAGGCUGCCCAUGUAGAAACCAUGGCAAAAUUAGAGAAAAUGUACCAGGACAAGCUAAAUAUAAAAGACAUUCGGCCAGUGGUCAUCAGGGAAGAGUCUUCUAGUGUCUCCUCUAGUUCUGCAUCAGAACAGAACUGCGCUCACCCUGUCGUGUUAGUGACAUCAUUUUCAGAGCCCCAGAUAGGCCGGUCGCCCUCGCUGUCCACUACUUCCGACGAGGAUCUGCCCAGCCUGGAGAGAGAGACUCCCGGGGAAAGCAGAAUGGCAGCCUAUGCGAGGGAGCUCAUCAACAACAUGUGGGUUGGCUUUUCCGUAGAAGAUUACAUUCAGUAUGACUCUGACUCUGACGUCCAGAGAGCUAAGAAAACAAGGAAGAAACCCAAACCCUGGGCGCCCACGAUCACAGUGCCUGUGCCUUUUCAGAUGACUGUCAGAGAGCAGAAGAGGCGAGAGGAGGGGCCGAAAGCAAGGUCAGGUCUGGAAAGUAGGCAGAAGCUGCCCAAGAGGGACGAUGAUGAGGACGACGCUGAGUGUAAGAAGAAAUUUCGAGCCAACCCGGUCCCCUCUUGUUUGCUCCUCCCCCUUUAUGAGGAUCUGGUCAGACAGGGUGAAGAACGGAGGAGGAGCGCCAGGGAGAGGAGCAAAGCCGAGCUCCUGUCCUCCCAGAAGCCUUUUAAGUUCAUUGCCAGGGAGGAACAGAAGCAAGCAGUACGCGAAAAGCAGCUGAGAGACCUUUAUAAGGCGAAAAAGAAAACGAAGCGGUUUAAAGCCAGACCUGUGCCUCAUUUUAUUUACAGGGCAGCUGCAAAUGACAAGUCAAAGGAGGAGGAGCUCGGUAGGAACGCCAGGACGCAGUCGAGGGACCGAGAACUGCAGCCGGAUUCCUCCGGGCGCUGUAGGCCGGCUUGCAGACGUUUACGGGACCCCAGAAAUCUCGAGAAGCCGAAGGGUAGACACAGGUGUAGGUGCCUGAGCCCUGAUGAUGGAGACUUGCCUGAGAAGCACCCGAAGGCGCCCUUCACAGAACACAGCUUUCAGAAACGCUCAACUCUUCGUAAACAGUAUGGUCUUCACGAAUCCCCGGGUGACUCUGCUAAAAGACAGAAAGUCUUGGCAGACAUUGGAUCUGAUGAAGAAAAUCUGAAAGAAACAUGCCGGCCUUAUCUGCCUCCAAGGCGGAAGUCACCAGUCAGGGGUGCGUGUGCAAAGCCCAGGCGCAACCCUCCGACGCCCACCCUGUCUUCCCGAGGGCGGGAACAAGCCAUCAGGAAAUCACUUGAGGAAAAGAAAAUGUUGGAAGAAGAGAGAAAGCGGAUCCUAACUAAACAGAAGCAAAGAAUGAAAGAAUUGCAGAGGCUCCUGGCAACCCGGGUUAAGGCUUAUGACUCACAUCAGGGCUUAGCCCAGAUGUCUAAAGCCAGAGUAAACCAUCUCAGGAAGAGUGAGAAGGCAAGGAUGAGAGAAUAUUGGCGAGAACUGGAAGAGCGAGAUGAGAAGCUGCAGAACAGGCCGCUGCUGUUUGAACGCGUUGCCCAGAAGAAUGCAAGGACGGCAGCAGAAAAGCGCUAUGCUAACACGCUAAAAGCACUAGGACUGUCUGAGGAGUUUGUUUCAGAGAAAGGCCGAGGUGGAAAAGUGUCUGAGGACUUCACCAGGCGAGAGCUGAGAAGCCCCACGUCGGAUAAAGAAAGCUCUUAUGAAGAGGAAAGAGAGAAUGAGGAUGAAAACCAUUUAAGUGAUGCCAACAGCCAGGAUUCUUGCAAGGAAAACACCGAAGAUGUUAAAGAAAGCAAAGAAGAAAAUUCCCAAGACUGAACCCGAAUCACAAGGCUGCCUCUCCCUGAGCCUUUCUGUGUGCAGCCUCAGGACCUCAGCCCUGCCCUUGUGGUGUCGUAAGCAUGUCUUGGGACAGCUCGCACACGUGUAGGGCUGCUGAACCAGGACAUCAUGUCUGGGACAGGCUGCAUCCACACAGCGGGUGACUGAUUGCUUGAGACAGCUGUGGCCCUGCAGUGUGGAAAUCGCUCUGUAUGCUGCUGUGGUUCUGCUUGUGUUUUCGAAGUGUUUGCGGAUUAGAGAGCCACAGCUGUCACAGGUGGGCUAGUUCUGGAAAUGCACAUUCGCAUUUGGCAGGGAAAAGAGUUUGGUAUUGAGAGACCGAUUAGCUUUUGAAGAUCUAUUUUAAAAUUUACUAAGUAUUUUCAAUUUUCUCUGAACCAUUUUUUAAAUAAGUAAUAUACAGAAAAAGAUAGGUACUUAGAAAUUUACAGUAAUUUCUGCACUGAAAUCUACUGCUAAAUUGUCCACAUGAUGGCUACGUUUUCUUUCCUUCUUUCUUUCUUUCUUUCUUUCUUUCUUUCUUUCUUUCUUUUUCCCUUUUUUUUUUGGUAGAGAUUAAAUCCAGGGCUCACACAUACUUCACAUGAAUUCUACCAUUGAGCUACACCCCUAAUGCCCUCAAUUUUUUUUGAUAGGUAAAGUAUUAAGGUAAUUUAUGUUACUUUUAAAAAUCCUGUGUAUUAUUGCAUAUAGAGUAAUUAUGGCCUUUGUGUGUGGUAGUCUGUUUGUUUGUUAGGUUUUGGUUUUUUGAUACAGGGUUUCCCUGUGUAUCCCUGGCUGUCCUGGAACUUGUUCUGUAGACCAGACUGGCCUCAAACUCAGAGAUCCGCCUGCCUCUGACUCCAGAGAGCUGGGAUUAAAGGCAGCUCCACCAAUACUCAGCGUGUGUGGUAAUCUUAACUGAGAGAUACAAGUCUCUGUUCUAAAUAUGUUGAAAUUGUCAUCCUAAUUUGCCAAAGGAAAACCCUAAAAGUAAUUGAAAUUUAGUGUUUUUAUUGCUAACUUCCUUGUGCUUAACUAUACAUACUGUUGCGAAUUUACUAUCACUGUUGAAGGUUUAAUUUGAUCUUGAGUCAUUUUUCCCUCUUUAAGCACAUUUCCGUUUUAGAAAUUAAAACUCAUCUUUAAAAUGCUA